AGGGCAGUAACCAUGGUUUGAACUUUGCACACGUGCGACAACCCCAACAGUAUACCAUGUUGAAACAGAUACCGUUUUGCCACCGGAUUGAUAAGUUACGCUUACGCUUACGAGAGGCUUACCUCGCAGUUGUUUAUAUUGUUCUGCAGAUUGUUUGCUGAUUGAUCACAUUAUUUGAGAAUGAGAUCAAUCUCAGUGAUUCUUGCAGCUGGCGCCAUUGGCGCUGGUAUUGCAGGGUUUGCUGUCUUCAGAAGACUGGCUUCCAGAUCUCAAGAGGAGAUUGCCAUGGAGACAGCAUUGCGAAGAGUCUGGAAACAAGAUGAGGCAUCGUACGAAGAAGUGGGACUCAAUGACAUCAAAAAUUGCUCUGUUCGAGGUGUCUUGAGGAGAACUGAUCCUCGUCUUGCUCUUCAGGCUAUAAGUGGAAGGUUAAAGCCUAUGCCACAGAAACUGACCAACAGUCCCGACUCCACGUUUGAGACACCCACCAAGGAUGAAGCAAGAAGCUCAUCCAGUCUUAAAGACCACACUCCAUUGAGUGGCACCAAUGGAGGAGCUGGCCCUCUUCAUUAUAGCAGUGGGGAAAAUGCAAGAAACAAACCCACUGCAUCCAUCAAAACUCAGGCUGCUGACCUUCCACGAGAGCCUGUCCAUACAUCAGUUGCACCUCCUAAUGAAGAAACAUCAAAAAUGCUGAAUGUAGAGAAUAGCCCAGUGGAUAGCAAACACACCGAAUGCACCGUCUCAUCAAGUGUUGAUGCAACCAGCAACCAAACCCCUUUCUCCCCUGCCAAGAGAGCAAAACCAUCCACACUGAAGAAUGAUUCUGCUGAGAAAGAACAGGCACAUUUUAUGUCCUCCUCAGGAGCUAAGAGUGAGGAUAAUACCAGCGACCAGGACAUUGCUGGAGACUCCAUCUCUGCUACAGAAGAGAUAGAAUCUGUCCUCGCGUCUACUCCAAAAACCUCAUUUCGAGUAAAGAGUGCUCCUAUAGAAAAAGAAGCUACCACACAGAACAAAGCCAAGGGAGUAACGAGCAGCCAAGCCAUAGCUGGUGAAAACUAUAUAACCACUGAUGAAGGGCCAGAGAAGGUCCCCUCUCACAGUCCAAAGGAAGACGAUGUAGCAAUCCCGUCCCAACUGAAGAAUGAUUAUGCAGAGAAUGAACAAACAGAAUCUCUAUCAACUACAAAAGCCCCUGUCAUGGAAGAACCCAGCAACCAAGCCAUUGCUGGUAUAGACUACUUAUCUAUUGACACAGAAACAGGAAACGGCCACUUUUACUGUCCAAAGAAAGAUGAAACAUCAACCUCGUCCACGUUGGAGAAUGUUGCUCCAACGAAAGAACAAGCAGGACCUCUAAUAACAACCAUAACAGCCAGAGUCAAGGAAGACCCAAGCAACCAAGCCAUUGCUGAUCUAGACAGCAUAUCCAAAGAUGAGAAGAUAGUGCAAGUACCCUCUUACACCCUAAAGAGAGAUGAAGCAAGAACCCCAUCUCAACUGGAGAAUGAUUCUGCACAGAAAGAACAAGCAGAGUCCCGAUCAGACACAACAGCCACAGUCCAGGAUAAACCAAACAACCAUUCCUUUACUGAUGAAAACUGCAACUCCGCCGAUGAGAUAACAAAGACUGUUCCAUCUCACACUCUAAAUGACAACACUACAACCCCAUCUCAACUGGAAUAUGAUUCUACACACAAAGAACAAGCAGGAUCUCUAUCAACAACAAAAACCACAGCUGAUGAGGAACCAAGCAACCAGUUUGUUACUGAUAGAAACUACGAAUCUAACGGUGAGGAGACAGAGAGUAUCCCCCCUCACAGCAAUCAACCAGUUACUGAGGACAAGGCAUCUACUUAUGAGGAGAUACAAAGUGUGCCUUCUUACACUCCACAUGAAACUGUUGAAGCAACCAGCUCAAACUUGGAGAAUGAUCCUACCAAGGUCACCGGUAAAGAUAAAUCUAGUGACCAAGGCUUAGCCACGGACCACAUCUCUGCUGAUGAGAAGACAGGAAACAUUCCCUCUUAUACUGCUGGAGAUGAAGACAUUUCAACCCUGUCCCAGCUGGACAGUGACACAGCAGAAAGGGAAAAAGCAGAGUUUCUGCCAACCAAAGACACAGUCAAGGAAGAACCCAGCAACCAAGCUGUUGCUGAUAAAGACUACAAAUCCCAAGAUGAGGAGACAGAGAGCAUAAUAUCAUCUUACACUCCAAAGGGAGACAAUGCAAGAACCCCAUCCCAACUGGAGUAUGACUCCGCAGAAAAAGAACAAACAGGGAGCCUAUCAACCACAGUCAAGGAAGAACCCAGCAACCAAGCUGUUGCUGAUAAAGACUACAAAUCCACAGAUGAGGAGACAGAGAGCAUAAUAUCAUCUUACACUCCAAAGGGAGACAAUGCAAGAACCCCAUCCCAACUGGAGUAUGACUCUGCAGAAAAAGAACAAGCAGGGAGCCUAUCAACCGCAAUCAAGGAAGAACUCAUAAAUAAAGCAGUUUGUGAUGAAAACUACACAUCAUCUGAUGAGGAGAAAGGGAGUGUUCCCUCUUACACUCCCAAGAAUGAUUCUGCAAAAAAAGAACAAGCAGAGUCUCUAUUAAUCACAAACACCAACGAGGAACCAAGCUACCAAGCUAUUUUUGAGAAAGACUUCAAAUCCUUAGAUGAGGAGACAGAGAUGAUUCCAUCUUGUAGUCCAAAAGAAGACAAUGUUACAAGCCCGUCCCAACUGGAGCAUGAUGCAGAGAAUGAUCAAGCAGAGUCUCUAUCAACCUCAAAAACCACAGUUGAGGAAAAAUCCAGCGGCAGUGAAGCUGUUGCCAAAGACCAAAUUACUGCUGUUGAGGAGACAGAGAGUGUUCCAUCUUUCACUCCUAGGGGACGUGACACUCCAACCCUGUCUCAACUGGAUAAUAAUCCUUUAGAGAAAGAACAAGCCAUGUCUUUAUCGAGCACACAAACCACAGACAAAGAACCAAGAAACCAAGCUGUUACUGAUCUAGACUGCCAAUCGUCUGAUGUGAAAACAGUGCACACCCCCUCUCACACUAUAAAGGAAGACAUUGCAAAAACCCCAUCCCAAGUGGAAAAUCAUGCUGCAAGGAAAGAGCAAGCAGAGGCCUUGUCAACUAAAAAAACUACAGUUGAGGAUGAACAAAGCAACCAUGCAGUUGCUGAUGAAGACUUCAAACCCGAUGAUGAAGAGACAAGGAACCUUCCAUCUUACACUCCAAAGGAAGAGUUGGCCACAACCAAAUCCCAACUGGAGCAUGAGUCAGCAGAGGAAGAACAAGCAGAAUUUCCAUCAACCACAAAUGUCACAAGUAAAGAAGAUCCCAGUGACCAAGCCAUUGCUAAAGACCACAAGACUGUUGAUGAUGAGACAGAGAGCAUUCAAUCUUGCUCUCCAAGGAGAAACAGCACUAUGCAUAUUACCCCAUCCCACCUGAAGAAUAACACUGCAGAGAAAGAACAGGCACGGUCUCUAUCAAUCACAAAGGUCACAGGUGAAGAAGAACCAAGCAACCAGGCUGUUGCCAAAGAUUCCAUAUCUAUUGAUGAGGAUGAGGAAACAGAAAGCGGUCCUACUUAUACUUCAAUGGAAAAUGAUACAGCAAUCCCAUCCCAACUGAAGAAUGUUUGUGGACAGAAACAAGUCGGGAGUCUUUUCACCACAAGGGCAAUGGGCAAGGAUGAACCCAGCAGCCAAGCCAUUACUAAAAACUUUGUGUCUAAUGAUGAGGAGACAGAAAUCAUCCCCUCUGACACUCUAAAGGAACAUGACUUAGCACCAUAUUCCAAACUGGAAAAAAGUCCUGCCAAGUUCAAAGGUGAAGUUAAACUCAGUAUUAACCAAGAUUUUGUUACAGACCACUUCUUUGCUGAUGAGAAAACAGGAAACGACUCAUUUCACACUGCUAGAGAUGAUGACAUGGCAACCCCGUCCUGGCUAGCAAAUAACCCUACAGGCAGGCAGAAAGAACAGGCAAGGUCUGUAUCAACCACAAAGGGCAAAGGUCAUGACAAACCCAGCAAUCAAGAUAUUGCUGAAGACCAUAUCUCUGCUGAUGAGGAGACAGAGCACUCGUCCUCUUAUACUCAAAGUCAAGAUGACAAGCCAGGCCCGUCACAACUGGAGAAUGAUCCUACAAAUGACAAAGGAACAGACAGCAUGCCCUCAGCAAAUACCACAUUUGAUAAAACUACACAACUGCAGAGUAUGAAAUGCAACAUAAUAGCCAAUAAAAAACUGCAGACGGGAAGUGUAUCUCUACACAUCACUGACAGUGAGAAAACUAGGGACUUGAUCACUGAUAUGGAUGUUGUUUUAGCCGAUAGCAAGCAGGCAGAAUACAGUGCUGUCCUAAGCACAUCCACCAAGGUCAAAGCCCAACCCUGUGAGAUGACUCAACAUCAAGUCAAAGUGUUGAAGAUCAAGAAUGGAUUGAUGGGCCGAGUCAUUGGCAAAAAGGGCAAACAUCUUAAGCAUGUCAACCAGCACUGCAAUGUAAAAACCAACUAUGGACGUCUGGAUGAAAAGCAUCACUUUCUGCAUCUUGAAGGCACAGCCAACAGCAUCCAGCUAGCAAAGGACUUCAUUCAAAAACAUGUGGAAACGGGUAUUCUGGAGAUACCAGUGAAUGAAAUUGAUGGCCUUUUGCUGACAGACAAGGACUCCACAGACAAUGUGAUGAAAAACUACUACAGUACUAACCGACAAUAUGGCAGAGUUGUUGGGCACAAUGGGAAGAACUUGAAAGAGUUGAGAAAACUAGGGGUCAAGGUCGACGCUUUGUCUGUGAGUGGACUCAAAUGCCUCUCUCUAACAGGUACAGCAACCCAAGUCCAGACUGCAUGUCAGUGGAUCCAAGAUCAUUUGUCUCCCAGACUCUUUGAGCCAGCUCCGGUACCUGAGCCUUUAUCACCUUCGCCAUCCAUGCCUGAAUCAGAACAACCAACUAUUCCUGCAUUGAUUUCUAAUCAAGAGUCUUCUAGUAGUGAUGUAACAAAGGCCAGGAUGGACUAGGAGAUAUUCACCUGUUAAUGCCUUAAUUAUCACAAAAGUAGCUAAACUUGUGGAACUGAAAAAUAAUGCACCUUGAGUAAUUAUCAAGCAACAUCUGAAGGCACUUUCAUUUUAAAAAUGUUCAAUCUCAUGUCCAUUGUUUGCUCUAUUCAAGAAAGAGUGAAUCAGACUUGGGUAAACAGAAUAUUUCAAAAGCACAAUAUUGAACAAGUUCUAUCACUCGGUGAAAAAAAGUGAUAUCCUUAUGUUGUGACAAAUGAACCUUUUACCAUACAGUUGCUGCCUUAUUGGUAACAUUUAUGUAGAUUUAGGAGCUUGGUGAAAGCAGACAAACAUUUUCCUGAGAAAUCUUUUACUCUAAAUUUUCCACAAGGAAUGUCUUCUUAAGUGUGCACUGGUUGGAAAAGGAAGAUGUGGCUUACAAAUCAGUUCUUCUGAGAAGUGCUUUGUGAGCACCGUUAGUCAUCAUUGUUCAAAAUAACGCACACGUACGUGAAUCAGUCAAUCAAAUGAAGGAACAUGAAAACCUUUGUUUACUUGAUAUGCAACUGCAUGAGCUUUGACAACUUAAAUAUGCGUCAGAGGAAGUGUUUCUGCACAAACAAAUGGGUGAAUAUUUGCCAUGUUCUAAAAAUAAUUGAAUGAAUGUGACAAAAAUUAAUGAACAUAGAUUGAUCAUAAAUGUAGUGGCAAAUCUUUUGUCGCACCAAUCUAAAUGGAGUCACUGAAAAUUUUCAAGAUUCUGCGGUAUACUUUUCUUCACUUGUGAAUACUAUUUUUAUUAUUUUAGUGAAUUUCUUGUUCACUUGCAGUAUGCCUGCCAGGAACAAUAAUUGGUACAUUGACAUUAUAAUAGAGAUUAGAGAUUAUAUUCUACUGUUGAAUACUGAAGCUAGACUUCCAUGAUGCAGUUAUAAUAAAGUACAUUCACAUGUAAGGACCAUUACAAUAUAUGUUUAUAGUCGAAAAGGAAACAAAAUCAUCGUAAGGAAAAUUUAUUGUGAUAUAUAAAAUAACAAAGUGUGUCAGAUAAUGUCCUUAAAAAUCAUCUGUAAAUUGGUAUUAUGCAGUAACACAGAUUAUGAUUUUGAGAAGUAAUGGUUACAUGUACAUCAUAACUUUCAAUAAAUACAAGAACAAAAUGUUAAAGUUUGGUUGCAUUUAUUUGCAGCUUGUUUGAGUUUUGUGCCGUUAUCAUUCUCUUCAGUCGAAGUUUUUUUUUGGUCAAAGUUUGGCCUGCAGGCCCUGUCUUCAUAGCAAGCUACAAACAACCAAAUGGGAGAAACACUUAGCAUGCGGGUAUUUCACCUUCUACUGUGAAUGAACCAAUCAACAGUCGACCAAGUCUGCAUCAUUUGACCUGGGACUUUAACACGGACAUCACUACACCAUUGUAAUGGGAGGGAAGGGGGGGUGCCAUCAUGGAAUCUACUGAUGGAUUGAUUAUUGGCAGAUUUAAUGAAUGUGAUUGUUGUCCAAUACCCAACCUGACACGUGAUCUUCCCCUUUACUUCUCCAUUCUUGCCAAUAGCACCAUGAUUAGGCAGAUGCCACUGGCUAAUUGAAGGUGUGACACACCCAUACCCCCCCUUCAGCGACACCCAUGAACUUGAACCAUUUCACCAGCCAAAAAUGACUAAGACUUCUUGCAGAGUAAUAAGCAACUGGCAGGGCAUGGGAGUUGAGAUGAAUUUGGCCACAAUUUUGGGCACAACACAGAUUUCUUUCCAAGUUCAAAUGACACACAAAAGGCUUGGAGGAUAUGUCUAACAAAAUGAGGUACUUGAGCAAUUACACGCAUCUUUGGAAGAAACCCACAAGAACGAAAGAGGUAUUUUGUAAAUCGUAUAUAUUUUAAUAGAGAAUGAAUCAAUAUAUAACCAUAAACAUACAUUCAACUACAUUCGAUUACCACGGCUAUCGCAAAGUAGUGCACAAAAAUGAAUGAUUUUCUCAAGGAUAUUUUUCCAAAAGGAACAAGAUCUUACCAUAACAGCUGUUACUUGGAAAUGUUGAUGACAAUUUCUGUGAUUCUCAAAUUACUUUCAAUACAUCAAAGUCAGUGCAAUUAAAAAUCGACCGCAGAAUGAAUAUUCAGCAAGAAGGUGCAUGGCAGACAGACACGAUGUGAGAGCAGUGUUUCGUGGAAAUGUACUCUAUCAAGUUGCCAGCAACUUCUGUGCACUGUGAUAAGGUGGCUGUGCUCC